UAGAUUUCAGAAGGGAUUGGAGGAAAACAAGAGGGGGAGAGAAUGUGACAAGUGCCGGCUCUGGCUGCUGCUGCCUUGGGGAGGCCUCCCGCACCUGUCCCUGCUUGUCUUGUGGCCAGCACUGUUCCUGAAGCAGACGAGCAGAGCCCUUGUUAUUCGCCCGAGCAGCACCAUGACUUCUUCCUUCAAGCUGGAUUUCCUGCCCGACAUGAUGGUCGAUAGCCGGCUGCUAGUUUCUGACAGAAUCCCUGGUAUAUACAGCAUGAUAGAGGGGCUCAAAGACAUACAACAGUACAACAAGAGCAACGGAACAACCAACAAGAUGAAUGGAGCUUUGGAUCACUCAGACCAGCCAGACCCAGAUGCCAUUAAGAUGUUUGUUGGUCAGAUCCCGCGUUCAUGGUCAGAAAAAGAACUCAAAGACCUUUUUGAGCCUUAUGGAGCCGUCUAUCAAAUCAACGUCCUGCGAGACAGAAGUCAGAAUCCACCCCAAAGCAAAGGUUGUUGUUUUGUAACGUUUUAUACAAGAAAAGCUGCACUGGAAGCACAGAACGCAUUGCACAAUAUUAAAACUUUACCUGGGAUGCAUCAUCCUAUUCAGAUGAAGCCUGCAGAUAGUGAAAAGUCAAAUGCUGUGGAAGACAGAAAAUUGUUCAUAGGCAUGGUUUCGAAGAAGUGUAACGAGAACGAUAUCAGGGUGAUGUUUUCUCCAUUUGGUCAAAUAGAAGAAUGCCGAAUCCUACGGGGACCUGAUGGACUGAGUCGAGCAAGUCAGCACUGCUGUGCGUUUGUUACAUUUUCUACAAGGGCAAUGGCACAGAAUGCAAUCAAAGCCAUGCACCAGUCUCAGACCAUGGAGGGGUGUUCUUCACCAAUAGUGGUGAAAUUUGCUGAUACACAGAAAGACAAGGAACAGAGGCGUCUACAGCAACAGUUAGCACAACAAAUGCAACAGCUUAAUACUGCCACAUGGGGGAACCUUACUGGACUCGGAGGACUUACACCACAGUAUUUAGCACUCCUGCAGCAAGCCACCUCCUCCAGUAACCUGGGCGCAUUUAGUGGUAUUCAGCAAAUGGCUGGCAUGAAUGCUUUGCAAUUACAGAAUUUGGCUACUUUAGCAGCUGCAGCAGCCGCAGCCCAAACUUCUGCAACCACCAAUGCAAAUCCUCUCUCCACAACGACUAGCGCACUGGGAGCGCUAACAAGCCCGGUGGCUGGAUCAACUGCAAACUCCUCUGCUGCCAUGAAUUCUUUAACCUCUCUAGGCACUCUGCAGGGGCUGGCUGGGGCCACCGUGGGAUUGAAUAAUAUAAAUGCACUAGCAGGUACCGUAAACAUUGCUCAAAUGCUCUCAGGUAUGGCUGCUCUGAAUGGAGGACUUGGCGCAACAGGCUUGACGAAUGGUACAGCUGGUACAAUGGAUGCCCUAACCCAGGCCUACUCAGGAAUCCAGCAGUAUGCCGCUGCGGCACUGCCAACACUUUAUAGUCAGAGUUUGCUACAACAGCAGAGUGCUGCGGGCAGUCAGAAAGAAGGCCUCCUUUUUUCUUCCUCUCAAGGCCCGGAAGGAGCAAAUCUCUUCAUUUAUCAUCUACCCCAAGAGUUUGGUGACCAGGACAUCUUGCAAAUGUUUAUGCCUUUUGGAAAUGUAAUCUCUGCUAAAGUCUUCAUUGACAAACAGACCAAUCUAAGCAAGUGCUUUGGCUUUGUUAGCUAUGACAAUCCUGUGUCCGCACAAGCUGCUAUUCAGGCUAUGAACGGCUUUCAGAUUGGCAUGAAACGUUUGAAAGUUCAGCUGAAACGCUCCAAAAAUGACAGCAAACCGUACUGAUCUUAACCCCAGAAGCUUUCUGCUCCUAUUUUAGCUUUCUUAGGAACAUCUCCAUGCCUGUUAGUUCACCGUUUGCCUAGCAUGUCCCUGUGGCGUCUGUAAAAAAAAAAAAAAAAAAGUUUCAUCGUCCCGUCAUUGUUUCUGAUGUCUUUCUGACCUCACAUCAUAUUUGAUCCUCCAACUGACUUAGUUUGACUUCUGAAAUUUGCAUGUGAUCUCAUCUAGCUAUGAAAUCUGGGAAAAAAAAGUCAAUGUGAAAAGCGUUGCAGCGUUCACGCAAGACUGAAAUUUACUAUAAGAUAAUUACAGAGAAAAAAGACAAAAAAACCUGUGGCAAAAAAAAGUUUUCUCGUUUUUUUCCUCUUUUUGUUUCAUAACAUAAACAGACUUGAAAGUAUUACACAGGGAUUAGCAUUCUGUCUGGUCACUGUUUCCUAAAGCAAUAUGUGUCCAGGAAGGCAGAAUGUUGGUUUCUAAAUGAAGCAGACAACUUCCAAAACAGUUUGAGAAAACUGUCUGAUUUUAAGUCUCUAGAGCUCUGUAAUAGUUUUUACAUUUUUCAGGCAGUGUAAAGUUUUUUGAUAAGGCCAUUUUAGGUGGCUCACUUUCUCAUUAAAUUAUAUAUAUAGAACCACUUUUUUGUAGAUUAGUAUAAGAAAAUAUUUACCCUGUUUUGGGGCAAAUGCUACCUAGUUCUGUCACCUUUUGCUGAACUGACUCACAGUUAGACAAUCCAUGGUUUAAUGCACAUGAAAUUACCUAUAUUUUAUACUGUUUCAAUGUACAGAAAAGAAGGUAAAUGUAUACCGUGUCACGUUGGUGCUUCUGUGAAUUUAGUUGUGGCUUCAUUAAGUCUUAAAGAGUCUUCAGUGUUCUAUGUUUAAUACGUUUUAAAAGAAAAAAAAUUGGUUUACUUGAACAAAAAUAAUUUUCAAAAAUAAAGAGUCUGUUUGCUAUAAUUUCAUGUGAAACAAAAAAAAACUAUUCCAGAAAAAUAAGUUUUGUGUUGGCUUGUAAAGCAUUGAUGUUCUUAUUUUCUAUUGUGGGGAAACUUAGAUGUGUUUGUGUUCAGCAAAAUGUGACCUGUUUUUUUUUCUUCAAAAGAAAAAAAAAUCAGCGGAAAUAACAGUGCCAAAUUCCAAAGGUACUUCCUGCCUAAAGCUUCAGUGUAUUUCGUGUACGAAGUAAUUUGAUAACAUGGGUAUUUUAUUAUGUGUUUUGUAUAAAUCCCUUCUAUUUAAAAAAGAGAGGUUACAAAGUUUGUUAACUUGCUAUCCUGUGGUCUUGUUGCCUGAACUUGUUAUUGUUUGUUAUAUCUCUUUGAUGUUUUUGGUAAAACAUUGUAUACAGUAAGUGCCCAUGUUCCACUUUUUUAACCACUGCACAUCAAUCCUGUGAAAGCAAACCUCACAACUGUACUUUUUUCAUGGUCUGUGGAAGUCUUCAUGGUGAAGAGGGUUGAACGGCUGUUCCUUUCAAGCAUACUGUCCUAAAGAAUCAGGGUAUAUAAAGCACACAUAAGCACAUAUAUGGUUUAUAGAGCACGUGCAUAUUGUCUAUGUAGAACCUUGAAGUCAUCUAUGUUACUAAUACGACGGUAUAAACUUCACUAAGCAAAGGAAAUCCAUUAUCGAAAGCAGUUAUACAGCACCUGACUUCAAACGUGCCAUACAUGUUAUGAAUUUCUCUUCUCCAUUCUUUGUAUGUCAGCAAAACUGCUUGGACCUUGUAUUUUACUGUUUUUGGUUUCCUAACUGGCAUUUUGUCUAAUGGCACAGAUUUAGGGUUGGCCUCUUUCUCCUGCUAUUAUUCCCUAAAUGGCCAUACUGUAAUAGCAUUUGAUUAAUAAUACAGUGCCUCAUUUUUAAACCUCACCAAAUGCUAUUGAUAGACAGUACCCCCCAUGUACAGUGAAAUUUGUUAAAUUCGUAAUCAUUUAUAUAUAGGUCCUUGCCAGUGUUUACUUCUCUACUCCUGGGUCCUACCAGAAUUAUUUGAGGGCUAUUUUUGUAUGAGAAAUGCACAAAGAUUAUGACUAAAUUAUAUCUAGAUGUCAUUCUAUGAAUAUAUGUAUAGAGAUAUAUAUUAUAAAACACAUAUUUUUGUUAUGUAAAUUUAUGCAGAUUUGGGUGCAUCUAAAAAUGAGAGAGUACAAUUUCUAGUCUGAAAUCACUUGCAGUGUUGUUACAGUGUGCUGCUUAAAAACUUAGGAUUAAAAUGGUUGCAGAAACCUUUCACAAUGCUCAAGAUCCAUCCCAUCCCCCAGUUUACAGUUGGACAGCACAGAAAGCCGAUUCUCUUAAAAGCAAAUAAUUGCAAGAAUUGAAACGUGCUUACUCUACCCCAUUACUGGGUAAGAGGAGUUGAGUGUCCUACUGUAUCUAAAAGAAUAUGUUCAGCACUGAUACAGUUAAACACAAGGUUCGCACUGAAGGAUAUUGCUUGAAGGACUAAUACGUUCAACUUUCUUUUCACCUUAAGAUUCUAGUUUUUUGGCUUGUGUAAUUCUGAAGUCAUUUUAACUGUUUUUAUUAUCUCAAGUGCUAAAUACAAAUAAGAAAAAAAACGUGUAGUUUCAUAACAUUUUAGAACUACAUCUUACAAAUGAAAUGUAUUUGUGUUAAUUUUUGUGCUGUGAGAAUUGUCGUUUGUAGAUUAAAUAAGAAUUCAUUUUGUUUCGAUUUACAAAUAGUUUUUGAGUAUUGUCUGAGAAAAGCCAAAGUUACUGCAAUUUUAGUGGAAACUGUAAGAUCAUUUAAGUAUUGUUUAUGUUUUCUUGAUGCAUUUUGGUUCUGUUGUGUGAUGGAAUUUGAGCCAAAAAGAAAAACAAAAAAAAACAGGCUUUCCUAUUUCUACUAACUGAUUGUACUUAUGCAUUUUGUACCAGUGCAACAUUUUAUACUGGAGAUUAAAAAAAGAAAAGGAUAAGUUGUGGCUUACUCUUGAAGGCCCUACCAUGACCGAUUUUUGAGUUUGAUUUAUGACUGGUUAAAAGAACGGUGUUUUGCUUUCAACAUUUAAAACAAAAAAAAAACCUUUGGCUUGCUUUUUCCUUUGCUUAUACCUAACAUUAAGAUUAUGUCUAAAUGGACA